AUGUAUAUCACACUGCUAGAACGAAUAAAGCAGGAAGCUGCAAAUGCAGUUGUCCAAGCUGCUACUGCCGCCACUCUUCAGACCCGCCAGACUGUUGGCGAUAGUACCAAACCAAGUUACAACCAGUCCGCGAUAGCGCUUACCUAUGGCUUUAUCGACUACUUUGACGACAAAUCUUUCGGUGGCGCAAAUUGGGAAAAACCGACAACUGUAAAUCCGUCUAAAUUUGGAUCAUCAUCGCAGCUGGCUACUGCGACGCCGUUUUUGGUCACCAUUGGGAUCGCGGCGUUGAUGCUGAGGUUUUUCGCAAGAACGAGGUUUAAUGCUAAGUUCUGGUGGGAUGAUUUGUUCGCUGUACUGGCUGGGAUGUUGGUGGUUGCCGACCAGUUGAUUUUCGCCAGAAUUGUGUAUUUGGGCCGGGCUUCACUUAAUACCAUGUUACAAACAACAGAAGAGUUCGAGGCGGAGAGGUGGAGGAGGAUAACGGUGGGGUUGAAGUUGUAUAUGGUUUUUGAGUUAAUCUACAUUUUCAGCUUCUUGUUCCUCUACUUGCGAAUCUCGCAAGAGACUAAGAGUAUCAAGUGGUUUCUCCGCGCUGGUUUCCUCGUUACGACAAUUUCAUUCAUUUUCUGCGUUCUCGCUUUACUCCUGACUUGCGCUCCUCUGACCGACUUUUGGAACAUCAUGAACUCAAAGACCUCCUGUGAGAGAAAGAUUCUCCUAACAUACGGCACCGGUAUCUCCAACAUUGUCACAGACACCAUGGUACUCGCAAUUCUUAUCCCGCUUCUUCUCCAAGCCAGUCUCAGCAAAUCUCAAAUACGAGGUGUCUGUAUCCUAUAUGCCUGCGGUGCCUUGGUCAUCGUCGCAUCCUGUCUUCGAUUCGCUACCCAGAUCAUGGACGUCUCGAUGUUGCAAAGUAUGGGAUGGUCUCUCCUCGAAGUCUCCCUCUCUUUGAUUCUCCUCUGUGCCCCUAUGGGCGCUAAGCUACUCAGUGCGCCUCUCGUUCAAGAAAGCGGAUGUCCUGUGACACUUAAGCGCAACUACAACUCUGAUCGAAGGUACUCAAAUUCUCCAUUCGAUAAGAACUUACCCGCUCCUCCGCCAAUAAUCGCAGGGGUAGCCGUUGGAGAACCAGAGCAUGUCACAACACUGGCCGCUGGUCAAUCUCGAGAAGACAUCCGCUUCGAGGGAAGACGGGGAACACAUGGGACUAUAGUAAGAGACGUGAACAGUCCGAUGUAUAAAAAGAUAAAAGUUGGAACACGGGAGAGUAGGAACGGACAAACUGUUUGGGAAGUUCAACGGCGGUUAUCACAAUCAACUAUCGAAACAUCAUAUUCUCGGAAUCCUUCCAUAGCUACUUCCAGAUCACAACCUUUAGGCGGAUUGUCGCCCCCGCCCCCGCCCCCACCUCCAAUGGAUUGGCCGGUUCGGAGCACAUAA